AUGGAUGGUGGAGUGAAGGUGACACCCUGUACUUUGCAGAUCCCACAGUGCUUUUGUCCGGAGGAGUAUACCUUCGCGGUGGACGCUCUCGAUAUGGUUCCAGAACUUGUUCGUGCGCUCCCGGAUACCGGACCUUCAUCCGCUACCCCCAAGGCAACGAGACAACAGCGACGCAGAAUGGGCACUGCUUUUCGUCCAGCUUCGCCGGAAUGGAUUCUUUCGCCCGCACGGUGUCUAGGGGCGGGUCAGGUUGGAGAUCUCGCUGGUAGGGCCGCUGUUUCUUGUGACGGCCCCCACGCUGAACCUCCUUCCGACACUGCAGCUUGA